GUUCCAGUCUCCUCCUGCAAGACGUGAGGUGCACGAUGGUGGCGCGGCUGCGGCUGGACGCCGGCCGACUGCGCGCCGAGCUCAUGAAGUCCAGCGGCCAGGACCUGCUGCAAGUGGACGACCACAACGUCAGGCUCACGUAUGACGAUAAUGAAUCAAAUAAAGAGCCUGAAACGAUAACAUUGACUGCAAACGUAAUACGUAAUUUGAAGGACAAAAUUAGAAAUGACCUAAACGAGUGGAUUAAAGAUUACUUCAACGACUACUACGCGUAUCACGGACCUCAGUAUUUAGCCGAUGACAGAUACCAAAAGUUUGACAACGAUCGUAUCGGGCUAACAAACAACUACACCGACAAUGUUAUAAAGACGUUGAGGCAGCGGCUGCCGAGAGUCUUGGAACUUCCAGACUUCACCAUCACGACGGUUAAUGCAAUGAGAAUAUCAUUAACCAGUGGAACAGUACAAGGUUUGAACUCGCUGCACCGACGGUCUAUGGCAACCGACUUCCUCGACACAAGGUUCAACAGGAGGGUCGUUGAAACAGUCGUCGGCUUCAGUGGCGUGAGGUUAACGUAUAAAUUUGAAGUUAAAUUUGACCAAAAAACCAAGAGAGGUAACUUUCACCUAACGUUCAAUGAAAUAACAUCGCAUAUGUGCCUCAUGCUCUACAAUUCGAAACAAAAGCACAAGUUGUACUUCAAUGACAUUGAAAUGAGCGAGCCGGCCGCAGCCGUGGACGGUGAAGCCCAGCAGCACGUGGCAAGGUUCAAGUACCUGGUGGAACAUGAGCUGAAGACGAUCCUCAAGCAUUUGUUGAGGGAGGUUAUCCUGAAGAUGCGCUAUAUCACGGAGUGCGAUUAUCCCCGGAUAAACAAGCUGAAGCCUAGUAAUAACAUCUUCGGUAACUCAAACACCUCAGAGGAACCAAACGACGGAUAGGAUUAAGAGUUUUGACUAUAAUAAUACU